AUGUCGAACCUCAUUCACAAAGUCAAGGAUGCCAUGAGCGGUCGUAAAGGAUCCUCUUCUCAUGAUUCCUCUCAGGCGGAACAGCGCAUGAGCGAUACCCGCGAUACGUACGGUUCCAGCAACACUGGUCGUGGGGACAACUAUGGCUCUUCCAACACUGGUCAGGGAGAUACCUACGGGUCUUCAAACACUGGUCGAGGCGAUACGUACGGUUCUAACACUGCUGGUGGCUGGGGAACUAAGGAUUCCAACACUGGCCGGAAGGCCAAAGAGGGAUCUAGCUCCAGCAGCUCCAGCUCGGACAAUGAGCGCACUGGUAAAAAGAAGUCUGGCGCCAAGGACAAUAAAAUGGGAACUGGCAAUACCUACGGCUCUAACCCUAUGGGUGCCGGCUUGAACACCGGACCCUAUGACUCGAAAGUGAGCAACAAGGACAUGAGUGAUACUUACGGCUCGGGCAACUACGUCCCCUCUGGCUUGGACUCUGGAGGCUAUGAUUCGAAAAUGGGCAACAAGGACAUGAGUGAUACUUAUGGCUCGGGCAAGUACGUCCCCUCUGACUUUGGUUCUGGAGGUUAUGAUUCUAAAAUGGGAGCCAGGAAUACCUAUGGUUCGAACACCACAAACUCCGGAAUGGGUUCGGGAAUGGGCUCUGGAGGCUAUGAUUCGAAAAUGGGAGCCAGGAAUACCUAUGGUUCGAACACCACAAACUCCGGAAUGGGUUCGGGAAUGGGCUCUGGAGCCUACGAUUCCAAGAUGGGCAACACCAUGGACACCGGCAAUACCUAUGGGUCGACCAUGGGUGCGGGCAACUCAGGCUACAGUGGCUAUGACUCCAAGAAGGGUCAGACCGGCAUGGGAUCUUCUGGCUUGAACGCCGGUGCCUACGAUUCGAACACUCGUGCUGGCGACUACAGCACGGGCUCCAACACGUACGGCUCCUCAGGCUCUGGAGGUUAUACCGGCACCGGGAGACCUUAUGAAUCCAACAUGACUAACAAGAUGGACCCUCGCGUCGACAGCAGCACUGGCCAGACGGGCAGCUAUGCAUCCAACUACGGCAACACCGGUACCACCGGCCAGACAUCCAGCUACGGUAUGGGUGGCAGCGACACCUCCCCAGCUCAUAACACGCGCUCAGCUGCCAACACUGGCUCGACCAUGGGUACUUCAAACAUGGGCCAGAUGGACUCCCGUGGUGAGUCUACUACCCAGCGCGACUUUGGUGGUGCGGCAGCUGGUGGCAGCAGCUACAACGCACCUGGAGGCGGUAGAAGAAGAAGCUCUGGUCCUCACAGCAUCAAUCUUCUCAACAAGCUAGAUCCCCGCGUGAAGAGCUCAGAUUAUGAGGCUGCUAGUAACCAGCGUGGCGGAUACUAG